AUGAUUGACGAAGAAUUCCAAUAUGAUGUAAAAGUGAUAAAUGCAUUUAAGAGUUAUGGAGGAACUAAAGUAUUUAAUGGAUUGAACAUGAAUGUGACUUCAGGUUCUAUAUAUGGCCUUUUGGGGCCGAGUGGAUGUGGUAAAUCGACGCUUCUUCAAUGUAUAAUGGGAUCAAUGGAAUUGGAUUCAGGAUGUAUUGCCUUGAAAGCAAUACAUUUAAAAGAUGUGGGAUAUAUGCCUCAAAGUUUAUGUUUGGAAAGCACAUUGACCAUAAGAGAAACCUUUGAAUACUUUGGUACACUUUACAACAUGAACAAGAAAGACAUCAAGUUAAAAAAAGACGAGCUUGUUGCAUUCUUACAGUUACCAAAUUUGAAUCGUUUGAUAAAAGAUAUAAGUGGUGGCCAAAGUAGAAGAGUAUCUCUUGGUGUUUGCUUAUUGCAUAAUCCUAAGCUUAUUAUAUUGGAUGAACCUACGGUUGGAAUUGAUCCUUUACUAAGACAAGAAAUUUGGAAAGGGCUUUUAAAGAUGGUCGUAGAACAACAUAAAACAAUCAUAAUAACUACUCAUUAUAUCGAAGAAGCAAAUCUAGCUAAUCGUAUUGGUUUAAUGAGAAAUGGAGUACUGGUAGAAGAAGGAGCUCCUGAGGACAUUAUUUCCAAAUAUGGAGCAGAUUCGUUGGAAACAGCUUUUUUAACCCUAUGUUCUAAUCAAGAUGCAAAUAAAGCACCAUUAGUAUAUUUUGAUAAAAUUCCUACAAAAGUUCAAAACACGGGUAAGAUGCAGUCAACAAAAUUAAUGGAAGCUGGUAAAAAAGUUAAUUUUGUAAGAAUUAAAGCUUUGUUUAAAAAGAAUAUUCAUGCAUUAUAUCGUGAUUACUGGUUAUUGUUUACCGUGUUCCUUCUUCCCAUCAUACAAACCACCAACUUUUGUAAUAGUAUUGGCGGAAAUUUUAAAGGAAUGGAAGUAGCAAUACAAAAUGAUGAAAUUAGUAUAAAUGAUUGCAAAUAUUUAAACUCCAGUAAAUGCAUUUUUGAAAAUAUUUCAAGUCAAACAAUGAGUUGCGUUGCUAUAAACUAUCUUGCGUCACUUGACUAUACAUUAGUUGAAGUCAAAGAUCGUUAUACUGGUGAAAUGCUCGUGAACAAUAGCAAAUUUUUAGCAUUUAUACAUUUUCCAAAGAGCUAUACCCAAGACUUGAUCAUGUAUAUUGACCGUAAUGAUGACUAUGGUAUGCAAUCGCUGGCGUACAUGCAUUUUGCAAAACAUAAUAUGUUGUUUAAAAAUCAAAUAUUGUUGGAUGUAACAAAUGCAAUGCAUUAUCUAAUACAGACAACUUUAUAUAGUUGUUCCAAUAAUCCAAAAGUAGCUACUUUGCCAAUGGAGAUCAAUAUAUUAUAUGGAAAGGAUGUGAAAUAUCACGGUAACAGUACAGCGGCGAUUUUCCUAGCAAUGUGA